AUGGGUAUCAUUGUGAGGAUGCUGGGCUCAGGCCUGGGCAUGGCGAGCGAAGCAAUACAAUCGGCGCCAAUUCCUACGGCUGAAGCUCCUCCGGAGUACGUUGAGGUUGCCGACGAAGCCACAGCCGAUCAGCUCGUACGCAGCGGCAAAGCUGAACGCGUUUCCGACUAUGCAGACGAGAAAAAGCGUCAGUCCAAGGCUUCCGAGGCGGGGUAUCCAGACGACGAUGAUGGCUCGACGAGUGACGACGACUCAGACAUUGUCGAGGUGGAUGACGAAGCUGCAUGGGAGCUAGACGACAUGGCAGAGCGUGUUGCGCCUCCUUCGUAUGCCGAGUCCGAGGCAGACCUGGUCACGCCAGCGGCCGCAGAGAACGAGUCUGAGGAGAGCAAAGUCAAGAAAGAAGAGCAAAUGAUCCGCGACCUGCUCAGUAUGGCUGGACCACCGCCUCAUCCCACCCAGCGGAUCCCAUGCCCGGUCAUAAUUCCUCAGAGGCGGCCACGGAACAAGGACCGGGGGUUCAUCAGGGCAUAUGCUCCCGUCCUGGACAACUGUGGUGUGAGCCAAGAAGUUUUCCUGAAAUUCCUCAAGGAUUGGCUUGCAGCCAGCCAGUCCGAUCCUUGGAUCGACAUCAUAUUCAUCGCAGCGGGUGUAGUUGGGUUUGUUCCAGAGUUGGCCUCUCAAAUCGUUAGCACGGUCGUCCAAGUCGUUGCCGGCACUGCAAAGGAGCUGCAGUCGCGCUCGAGGCGGAAUACCUUUCUCGACCGGGUGAAUCAAGAGCUGUUCAUGCCUCGCGGCUUGUAUGCCAUGGUCAUGGCAUUCAAGGACGAGGUUCCUGGGCAGCAGCCCCGUGGUCCCCUGAGUAAGCUCGCCAAUGCAACGGGCAAGGCGCUUUUCUCUGCGGAGAGGCUGGACAUCAACCAGACCGUUGCUAAAUACAGUAACCCCGAUGCCGAGAUGUCCAAGAUGAAGAAAGGAAUGCAGAAUAUCAGGCUCGUGAGCGGCAAAACGCAUGGGGAGAUCGAGCUGCCUGAAGCAGCUGCUCUGGUCUUUCCGGAACUGGAUCGAGCUGCGGAGUCGGACUUGAAACAGCAGGGCAAGGGCAAAGAAGCUGUGAACGAGAGCACGAAGGAGAAAUGGAAAGGAGCUGGGAAAUGGGUUCAAGACUACUUAGACCGAAAAGCUCAGGCUUCUUAUGAGAGAGAACACCAAGGCUCAUCCCUUGCCGUUCCGGCAGACGCCCGCCCAGCCUUCUCCUCACGCUUCAGCGACCCCAACCAUCCUGCUAACAGCGGGUCUCUGAUCUCCCUGCUCACAGGGGGAAAUGUCAACCCGGCUGCCAGGCGCCAGGAGCGCCGCGCUGCCAGACAAGAUCGGAGGGCGAUGAAGCGAGAGUACAAGGACCAACGGCGCAUGGCUCGCGGCAGAGCACCACGAGGGCCCAGACAGCCAAGAAGGCCAAAGGGCCAGCGGAAGAAGGGCAUCAUCAAGAAGAUUCUUCAGCAGGAUGUCCUGUAUCUGUUGAUAGUGAAUUUGCCCACGGAACAGGAGGUACAGGAGUCUGUGGCGAGGCUCGAGCGGGUUAUGGCAGAGAACCACUCGAAGUCGUAA